GAAUUGCGCCGUGACCCAUGCGUGUCUCCUGUCGCGCCCUCCCUUUUGACGGAUGCAUUAUCGGAACUUCGCUCGAGCUCAACAACAAUGGCAAUGUGAAGCAGUGUUGCUCCUUUCACCGCCUCGCUGACGGGUUCCAGCUGCGAGGCGGCAAGCAGCACUAUGGAUGCGGUCUUUUUUCACGGGCUUCGCGAUGUGCUACCGGCCUUACUCGCGUCGCUCGCGCUGUAUUCCGUGGCCGCUGCUGUCGGUGCGUGUGCCUGCUUGGCCGGCCUGUUGUACUACAUUAAACACAAGCAACGCGAGACUAUGGUCUACAUGGAGAAGUUUCCCGGGCGAACGGAGCCCAUCCCCAUGCUGACCACAUGGUCGAUACAUCGGACCCUUUCGAAAGAGGCGCAUCGCUUGGACGUCGGAACCCAUUUGUUCCAGCUGUCCGCCGGAUUUUCUCGAAUUUACCAGAAACAUGGCAUGCUUCGAUUUUAUGACGCUACUCAUCCCAUUCUAGUAGUGUUCAAAGCUGAUGCUGUUGAGGAUGUUUUGGCAAGUAAUACAAUACUCAAGAAAGGUCAUGAAUACGAACUAUUAGGGCCAUGGCUUGGAAGUGGUCUUCUUACAAGUUCAGGAUCAAAGUGGCGCUCUCGGCGAAAACUGCUGACGCCUGCAUUCCAUUUUCGAAUCCUGGAAGACUUCCUGCCUGCCGUCAAUGACCAGUCCAACGUUUUGGUGCGCAAACUUGGACAGCUUGGAAAAGAUUGUUCCUGCGACAUCGUUCCUCUAGUAACCCUGUGUGCUUUAGACAUAAUAUGCGAUACUAUAAUGGGCUACACGAUCAAUGCUCAAAGCAACGAGCAUUCGGAUUAUGUUCAAGCCAUCCAAGUGCUUGGUCACAGCUUCACAAGGCGCAUAGAGUCACCGUUAUACUGGAUAGACGCGAUAUUCCGUCUUUCGAAGCCUGGUAGGCUGUUCCAUCAGAAAAUCGGAGAACUUCAUCAAUUUACUCUGAAGGUUAUCCGUGAGCGAAAGGGAGAGCUUCUGUCGUGUCCCGAACUGCGAGAGUCUCUCGAGGAAACAUCCAGUGAAAGUGACAUCUACGGCAUGAAAGGAAAAACCAGGAAACCAUUCCUCGAUAUCCUUCUGCGAGAGCACAUCAAAGACCCUGAAAAUUUUACCGAAGAAGAUGUUCGAGAAGAAGUCGACACUUUUAUGUUUGAGGGUCACGACACGACAGCCAUGGGAAUGAGCUGGGCCCUGUAUCUUAUUGGACUCUACUCGGAGCACCAAGAACUCAUACACCAAGAGCUGGACGCAAUAUUUGGCGCCAACCAGACCCGGCCCAUCACUUCGGAAGACUUGAAGCAAAUGAAGUACAUGGAGUGCUGUCUAAAGGAGUCUCAGCGAUUGUAUCCAUCAGUUCCAUUCAUCACUCGAAAGUGCGAGCAAGACGUCAUAAUCGCUGGCCGAAAGCUGCCGAAAGGCGCGGACAUCCAAGUUGGCAUUUACAACCUGCAUCGCGACCCAGAAGUAUUCCCCAAACCAGAAGAAUUCAUUCCAGAUAGGUUUCUUCCUGAAAACGUGACAGGGAGACACCCUUUUGCUUUCGUUCCUUUUUCUGCUGGCCCGAGAAACUGCAUUGGUCAACGUUUCGCUAUGAUGGAAGAAAAAGUCGUCAUUGCUAACAUCCUUCGAAACUACAAGCUCGUUUCUCUGCAUCAUCGAGACAAAAUUCGUGUCAAUGCAGAGCUCGUCUUGAGACCAAAGAGUGGUCUUUAUGUGAAAUUCAUUCCGAGGGAGCCUGCAAAAUUGAAAUGAGAGUAUUCAGCGACGAUUCUUUGCUCAGUAGGAUUCAGGCGUUCAAUAAAGCACGUUUACAUACGCACCGAAUAAAUGAAACAGAAGACAGGAACUGUUACCUCGCUUAUAUCUGCAGCUCAUUGUCAUUUCAAUAAAUAAAAAGCUCAAAGGUCAUAUAACAUAAAACUAUUA